AUGUCUUUUCGUCCUACCGCUGUCGUCUCGAAGAUCAAAUCGUCGUCCCAGUCUUGGCUAUCCAGGCAGUCUCGAGAUCCUUACGUCAAGCAGCGUCAGACAAAUCCCGCAUCCUAUAGAUCCAGGUCUGCGUUCAAACUCAUUGAAUUAGACAAGAAAUGGGGCUCCUUUCUUCCAAAAAACGGCACUCAAACGGUAGUUGACCUUGGAGCCGCACCAGGGGGCUGGAGUCAGGUCGUAGCGAAAAAGAUGGGAUGGACGGAAAACUUCGAUGACGAUCUAGAAGAUGGGGACUCUCUAGACUUCCCCAAUGACGGCAUGUUUAUGAGGAAAGACAAGAACAAAUCAGACAAUUUCGAUUCUUGGAGCUAUGCCGAAGAAGACCUUGAGUUGGACAGGAAGCAGGCACCCGUUAAGAAGGCACCCUCCCUUGGUAAAUCUAUUGUUGCCGUCGAUCUGCUGCCUAUGCUUCCGAUACCGGGUGUCCAGACUCUCCAGCUCGACUUUCUGAGCCCAGAGGCAGGACAAAUAGUCAAAUCUAUGCUUCUGUCAGACACGAAUUCAUCUGGGAAGGCAGACGUCAUACUCUCUGACAUGGCUGCCAAUUUUACUGGAAACAGUAUUCGUGAUACAGAAUCGAGUCUAGAUAUAUGUAGGGCUGUGUUUGAGUUUGCGACGGGUAACCUCAAAAAAGCAAACGAGACUCGCUCCGGACGAGGUGGGACACUACUUCUCAAGCAUUUUGCCCACCCGUUGCUACACGAGUUCCGAGCUAAUCACCUCGAGCCGAAUUUCCAUCUGGUUCACUAUAUAAAGCCUGAAGCAAGCCGUGCACGAUCGUCGGAAGGAUACUGGCUUUGUCGCGGUUGGAAGGGAGCGAAGUCGUGAUUUAAUCGAACAGAUCCUGUCUGUGAGCUUAUUAUCUCUCGUUAUACCCUAUUUAGAUAAGACUGGUCUCCCUAUAUACUUGGAGCACGCUCUGAAUUGACUGGGUUUG